AUGGCAGCUUCAUUAACUGCUCACAUUCUUAGUAAUCCUAUUGCUUUCAAAGACUGGCCUCACUAUCAAAGUACAGGUGAGUAUUGGAUAUUGGCUGAGGGACGUUUACUUUUUUCCCCUUGAAAUACCCUUUUCAAUAGGUUAAUUAGUCUGCUUCUAAUGAUCUUAUCAGGGAUCCUCAAAAAUUUUUUGCGAAGAUCUUAAGAAUCCUCGGAGAUCCUUGCAAGGAUCCUCAACUUCCUCUCAAGAUCCUCGAAGAUAUUUGAUUAUCGUCAAAGAUCUUCAAAGAUCCUUUUCGGACCUUUCCAUGAUGAUGAGUUACGAGCAGAUUUAUGGUUUGACAAUUUCCAUUAAAUAGCUUAGUAUAAGAUAAUCACAUUGCAGAAAAAUCAUGACUUCAGCAAAACAAAUAUUAAUAUGCUCGACUUAUUUGAGCGAGAGACCAGUUGAUAAUUUUCUGUAGGUCGUGGGCAUAAGUUCUUAUUUUUGUUAUUUAGGUAUUAAUUUAUUGCGAUUGCAAUGGUAAAAAUUUAACAGAAGCUCCUCUUGUAGGCUUGGUUACGAUAUUUUCAUCAGGAUGCACAUAAAUUUCUUUGACGUCAAACAUCGGCCGGUAUCAAUGGAAACUGGUUUAUUGAAUGUUCAUAGAGAGUGGAAUGUUGUGGGGGAAAGCACCGCUAUAACACAUACUUUAAUUAACUAAGCUGUGUGUCUAUUAUAAACGGAGUCUAACGUGGACCUUCCCUUUCCCUUUCGAUAGAUGAAACAAGAAGUUCCGUUGUCCAUUCCUCAGCUGUUGAAGAUGCCUACACCGUUUGAAGGUGAAAUUGGUGCUAAAGAGCAAACUACGCAAUGGCAAGAUAUCAUUUGACCCAGACGAUGUCGUAUUUUUAAGCCCCGAAUUUCUAAAAAUCCCGGGUGUCGUGACACAAAGUCUCCUGGAAACGUACAGACACACUGAUGAGAUUCAACUGAGGGUCAUAUCAAUCGAAAAUGAACUUCUUGUUUAUGCUGGUGAUCAAGGGAUAGACAUGGCAGACAAUGACUUACUAUUGUCAAAAACUCGUGUACGCAAAAGUAUAGUAUCUUCCCAUGAAGAUGACCUCAAGUCUCGAUACUCGGGCUGGAAAGUCCCUGAGUACAUACUUAAGGACUUAAAACGCAAUGCGUCUACUGGGAAGCUAUUUAUUGUUUCGGACGAGAAAGGGAGCUUAAGAUGCAUUAUUCAAAGCAAAGCAAAGAGAAAAGCAAAGAGUGCAAAGGGUAGAGUUUUGGCCUUCUCUACGUCGGACAAUUAUUUGAACAUAUCCUUUUGAAACCAUACCACCAUGUGUGUACAUGUGACACGUGUCCUACAUAAUUUAUACAACUUGUAAACCGUGAUUUUUUCCAAUAUUAAGUGUCAUUCCUACUGGAAAUGUAACCACUGAGACCUUUGUAACUAGGUGUUAUUUAUGCGAUACCUUAAGUUCAAAAGCUUUCAUUCCUAAGUGUUGAUAAUAUAUAGAUUUGGCCAGGGCUAAAAGCGAAGCUCUAGUUAAUAAUACGUGUAAACAGAAAAAAAUUAAAUUGUGUAAUGCUAAACGGGGACGACAAUGAAUAUGGCUUCAAGACUAAUAGAUCUAAUUAGCAAAAAACAAAUUGCACGUGCAGCACACUUUUUCUUCUAAUUAGCAAAAAAAAUUGGCACGUGUAGCACGCUUUUUUGUCUUUCCCUUGUUGUUGUUUUGCACGACUGCAACGCUGUUUUGUACGACUAAAACGUCAAUUUUCCUAGUUACACAUUAUUUUCAUGGAGAAAUUGUCGUAUGUGCUUACCCAAUAUUUUGUCUCCUGUGUUCAUGUUCGCUUUUAUUUUUCGUUGCCGCUCAUUUUCACCUUGCUGGUCGCUAGCAUUUCUCAUUUUCUCACGGCCGCUUUCAAUUUCCAUGUUUUUCUUCCCACGAAAUUCGUCUCUAUUGUUUUCAAUAACUCGCUCUAGCUCUUUCUCUGUUGUCCACGUUAAUGUAAACAUAAAAAAUAACGCCGAAAAAGACACGACUUUGUUGUUUUUUCUUCUAAAUAAAACCUUGAGUCGCAUUUGGGUUGCCAUACCUGUUAAUUGAGCUAUUUUACAUUGGUAUUCCUGUGGUGCGGACGGACGGUCGCUCGAUCGCUCGGUGUACGGUCACGUGAUUACCAAAUUUUCUCGGAUGGGUAGAUUACCACAUUUCCUUGCCGCGCGUGGAGCUCCGCUAUAAAAAUAAUUGUCUACUGGUAAACUAAAAGCCAUGUACUGUCCAGCUUUAUCGUAACUUCCUGGUGCGUUAUACGGUGGUGGUUAAUCAUUUUCAGGAGUAGUUAUUCGCAACCUUCUAAACCAGGCCUGGAUAUAAAUGUAAUAUGUCGUGUGACGUGUCACUUGAUUUUUGGUUGGGGAUGUACCCCUAACACCCUGAAACCUUUAGCUUAUACCAGAGCUAGUUGAGCUUGCAAGAGCAUACAACAUAAGAUGACUCGUCAGCUACUCCUUAGCACUUAGUCAACAAACUGAUUGUGAUUCAGAUCUUCAGAAUGUAUACAGUCCCACUUUAAACAAAUAUGGUUGGUUGAUGACACAACAGGAGGUGGACGAAUUGUACCGUUAUUGAUCUAGUACAAACCCUUAGGUACUAUAUGGCCAGUGAUUUAAAAGACCGGCUGACUGUUAAGUGCCAGGAUUUGAAAAUUAAGCACAAAGUGUGAUAGGGUGUAUUAAUAAAAGUUAACCGUAAGACUGGAGGUAAACGCCAACUUUGUGCUCUCAUAGGAUCUAAAGACUACAAGGCCAGUAUUGUAAUGCAAAAAACCAUGCAUAGAAUGGAGUAAACCUUAACAAUCGCAACGGGUCAACCACGUGCAGCCCAUGUUAUCUUCACGAAGGGGUGCAAAUCCAAAUUUACAUACUUCAUGCGAACAAUCGAGUCAUUCGAAGAUUGCAGUUGCUGUAAUUAUAUCACACCCUCAGCUAACUUGUUAGUUCACGGUUCUUUGGGGCUAAGAUCUGAAUUUAAGUCUAAAUUUAAGCCCCAGGACAAACGUCGACUUUUCAUGAGAACUUUUCAUGGGUUAGUUGUUACGUUCAUGAAAAGUUCAACGUCAGGCUCAGUUAAGUUCGUCUGAAUGAGUUUGGAUCGUCCAACGCGUUCUAUCCGUCUGCUUGAGACGGAUAUAACGUCGACGCGUCCUAAGUUCGACGUCUGAGCCAACAGGCGAUCUUAACUUCAUUUAGGUCGACCCAAAUUAGAGUUUGGUUCGUCUCAUGAAAGUUCGACGUUUGGCCUGGGCCUAAGUCAUUUUCACCCUGACUUUCCUUGAACUUUAACCAGGACUUGUCCUAAAUCUACCCACUGAGGCUGGUAGCGAUUUAACAACAUAUCUGCGUUUCCUUGUACUUCUCAUAAGUCUCGAUUUUUGCUAGAAAGCACACUUGUCCUCACAAUUAUUCUUAGGUCUUUAUGCAGCGGCUCAAGAGCUGGAUAUUCCGUGGACUAUAAUUAAAGGCGUCUCGAACUACGCAGAUGGAGGAUUGUUUGAGCCAAAUCCUUGGAAAAAGUUCGCGAGUUUAAUGGCAGCUUCAUUAACUGCUCACAUUCUUAGUAAUCCUAUUGCUUUCAAAGACUGGCCUCACUAUCAAAGUACAGGUGAGUAUUGGAUAUUGGCUGAGGGACGUUUACUUUUUUCCCCUUGAAAUACCCUUUUCAAUAGGUUAAUUAGUCUGCUUCUAAUGAUCUUAUCAGGGAUCCUCAAAAAUUUUUUGCGAAGAUCUUAAGAAUCCUCGGAGAUCCUUGCAAGGAUCCUCAACUUCCUCUCAAGAUCCUCGAAGAUAUUUGAUUAUCGUCAAAGAUCUUCAAAGAUCCUUUUCGGACCUUUCCAUGAUGAUGAGUUACGAGCAGAUUUAUGGUUUGACAAUUUCCAUUAAAUAGCUUAGUAUAAGAUAAUCACAUUGCAGAAAAAUCAUGACUUCAGCAAAACAAAUAUUAAUAUGCUCGACUUAUUUGAGCGAGAGACCAGUUGAUAAUUUUCUGUAGGUCGUGGGCAUAAGUUCUUAUUUUUGUUAUUUAGGUAUUAAUUUAUUGCGAUUGCAAUGGUAAAAAUUUAACAGAAGCUCCUCUUGUAGGCUUGGUUACGAUAUUUUCAUCAGGAUGCACAUAAAUUUCUUUGACGUCAAACAUCGGCCGGUAUCAAUGGAAACUGGUUUAUUGAAUGUUCAUAGAGAGUGGAAUGUUGUGGGGGAAAGCACCGCUAUAACACAUACUUUAAUUAACUAAGCUGUGUGUCUAUUAUAAACGGAGUCUAACGUGGACCUUCCCUUUCCCUUUCGAUAGAUGAAACAAGAAGUUCCGUUGUCCAUUCCUCAGCUGUUGAAGAUGCCUACACCGUUUGAAGGUGAAAUUGGUGCUAAAGAGCAAACUACGCAAUGGCAAGAUAUCAUUUGACCCAGACGAUGUCGUAUUUUUAAGCCCCGAAUUUCUAAAAAUCCCGGGUGUCGUGACACAAAGUCUCCUGGAAACGUACAGACACACUGAUGAGAUUCAACUGAGGGUCAUAUCAAUCGAAAAUGAACUUCUUGUUUAUGCUGGUGAUCAAGGGAUAGACAUGGCAGACAAUGACUUACUAUUGUCAAAAACUCGUGUACGCAAAAGUAUAGUAUCUUCCCAUGAAGAUGACCUCAAGUCUCGAUACUCGGG